AUGUUCAUAGUGCACUUCAUUCAGCUGAAAGUGAUCAGACAGAGGCGACAACUGGACGAAGAGAAGCACACCCAGUCUACCUGUGAGCAGGCAGACUACCUGGACCACUUAAUGUGCAAGAUGGUCAACUUCCUGCAGUCUGGGGCUGAAAGUGGCCUAGAGUGCCAAGUGUAUCUCCCUUGCCUGGACUCUAGGGGUGAUAUCAGAAGUGGGCAGAGUGCCCAACCCUCCAGGCAGCCUGACCCACUAGUUCCCCACCUAAGCGACUUUGAACCUGCCUUUAUCAGCCAUGACCUGUCCAACCGUGGGGCUGAUAUCUCCAUCACAUACCACUCAAGCUUUCAGAACUACACUGCCUACCAACAAGACAAGUUCCAUGAGGACAAAAACACCUUGGGCUUCAUUAACCUUGGCACUAGUGAGAACAAGCUCUGCAUCGAUCUGAUGAUUGAAAGGUUGGGGCAGAGUGACAUGAACCACAUUGAGGACGUCCUGCUGCAGUACCCUGACUGGAGAGGACAGCCAUUCCUGCGGGAAGAAGUGGCCCAGUUCCUGACCUACUACUGCAGGGCACCUGCCCCACUUGAUCCAGAAAAUGUGGUGGUUCUAAAUGGCUGCUGCUCUGUCUUCUCUGCGUUGGCCGUGGUUCUGUGUGAUCCUGGGGAGGCCUUUCUGGUCCCCACUCCCUUUUAUGGUGGCUUUGCCUUGAGCUCCCACCUGUAUGCAAAAGUUGAGCUGAUUCCUGUUCACCUGGAAAGUGAGAUCACUGAGACAAACACCCGUCCUUUCCAGCUCACUGUGGACAAAUUGGAGCAAGCCCUGCUUGAAGCUGAAAGUGCAGGGGAAAAGGUCAGAGGCCUCGUGCUUACCAACCCUCAGAACCCUCUGGGUGACAUCUACUCCCAAGACUCACUGAUGGAAUACCUGAAAUUUGCCAAGAGGUAUAACCUGCAUGUGAUCAUAGAUGAGAUUUACUUGCUGUCUGUGUUUGAUGAAUCUAUCACAUUCCACAGUGUUCUGAGCAUAGAAAGUUUGCCUGAUCCCAACAGGACCCAUGUGAUCUGGGGCACCAGUAAGGAUUUUGGCAUCUCCGGCUUCCGCUUUGGUGCUCUAUAUACCCACAACAAGGAGGUGGCCUCUGCUGUGGGCUUCUUUGGCUACCUUCACAGUAUCUCUGGCAUCGCCCAGCACAAACUGUCUCAACUGCUCCGUGACAGAGAAUGGAUCGACAGAGUGUACCUGCCCACCAAUCACUCCCGGCUGCGGAGUGCUCACAGGUACAUCACUAACAAGCUGAAGGAGUUGGAGAUCCCCUUUCUCUAUCGUGGCGCUGGCCUCUAUGUCUGGAUCAACUUGAAAAAGUACCUGGACCCAUGUACAUUUGAGGAAGAAAUGCUCCUCCAUCGCCGCUUCCUAGACAGCAAGCUGAUCCUAUCCUGUGGCAAAGCCUACAUGUGUAAGGAGCCUGGCUGGUUCCGCCUCGUCUUUGCCGAAAAGCCCCUCCGGCUAAAACUAGCCAUGCUUCGGUUCUGUCAGGUGCUCCAGGAUCAGAAGCGGGCUCGGAUAGCGAGGCAGCUGGAGAAUGAAAUGAAAGACUAGGUUGUCAUCACUGCUCAGGAAGCCACUGAUGUCUGGGUCUCUGGUCCAGAAGGCUGGGUGUUGAACUGGUGCUGCAGCUGAGUAAACAGGGGGCUCCUCCCAGAACAGUCUCAUCUGACCUGGUCAUCAGCCUCAUUCAGUUGAGCAUCUGCCAUCUUUGGACACUUGUGUCUUUUUAGUGUUUGCUAAUCAAUGUGCAGGCAAAAUGUUU